ACGAGAUUAAAUUAAAAAAAAAAUAAUAAAAGCACUAAUCUUACGACAACGAACAAACUCUCUCUCUCUCCGAAAAUAAAAGUGAAAAUGGGAGGAGGAGCAGUGUGGGCGUGGCGCUAGAUGUAAGCUCCAAUCACGUAUUUGAAAACCUCCAUCAUCACGCCCCGAAGCUUCGUAGACCUCAUCAAGGGUGCGACCAAGCUGAAGGGCGGCCAAGAAUACAACCUGCUCAUCGUCGACUACGAAACCGCGAUGGAGACGGGCGGCGGCGACGCGGACGACGAGACCGGCUGGAAUUGCAGCGUGCAUCCCAGCGUCUUCUUUCUCCUGGGGACGCUCGUGAUGACGACCUGCGCUACGGGGAUGCUGUGCGCGGCAAUCAUGACCGACCACUGGGAGGAGGUGACCUGGGACAGGCGCGCCUUGCAGACGAUGUCCAACACCAGCCUGGACAUCCAGUGGCUCUUCGACGGCGUCGCCAAGGUGUCCACGAAUAACGAACACGCAUUCCUCGUGCCAAUACACGGCGGCAUCUGGACGUUAUGCUUCAGUCUGACCGAAAAAGAGAUACAUUUGCUCGGUAAGAUCGGGUUUCCGGAGCAAUCAUGCGUCAACUAUCUGUCGGGUGGACUCGACGGUAUGAAGGUUUGCGAGCCGAAGGCGGACUGGCAAAGGCGGAUGCAGAACUUGUCGAUAUCUUGUGCUUUGGUGUGCCUGAUCAUCUUGGGAAGCGCCGCUUUGGUGGGAGCUUUUGGUGUGUGCCAGCACCAGAUCAGCGCCGUCUUGGUUACAGGAGUCAUGUACUUGUUGGCAGCUUCGUUCGCGCUCUUCACGCUUACGAUAAUCCAUUUCAAGAGGGUGCAGAGCAGACCUUCGCGCUUCGACUUGGCGACAGACGCGAACGGAUGGUACCGGAUGGACGCAGACUGCACUGUGGACGGCGUCGUCAGUCCGUUGGGAAGUCGCGGCUACCUCUUGUCCGCCCACCUGUUGGGCGCCCGGGUGUUCUCGACCUCUUGGUCCUUGGACUUAGGCUGGGGAGGGGUCAUCCUCUGCGUGAUGACCUCCGUCCUCUGGAUCCUGCUCUCCAAGAUCAUGCGCUUCAAUCCCAUCUCCAGCAUGAUCAACUAGUAUUUUCUUUCUAUAAAUAUCGAGCUAUUUACGCGCAAAACCGAAACAUGUAGAUCGCACGAGACGAUAUAGAUUUUUUGAAAUCUGUGAUUACGGCUCUGCCAAGCGCUGUCCUCUACGCCGGCUUUUCUCAAUCCUGCAAACCAUUUCAAACAAUCCACGUGCAUAAAUGACAGUUGCAAAAUUACAUGGUUGAGAAACACCGGUCCUAGAGUCGACUUAGGGAAGGGUUGCCUAGGGUGAACUUUGAGUUGCCUAAGUUUACGAGAAGCUUCGGAGGUUAACCGUCCACAAGCAUAUGAACGCAGAGAGCUUCUUACUCUAUUACAUACAUACAUUUAUCUAUUUACAAAUUAUACAUUUUCGCAAAAUCUUUUUGACUUUCUACGAAGAUGAGCACACCCCGCAUGCUAUUUUCGUGUGUACAUUCUUGUUUAUUUUGAAGGAUGAAGAGAGGGCGCUGCGUAACAAAUUGUGAUAAAAAUUAACGGAUUAAAAGGCGAGAUGAAUGCGAAAAGAAGAUGUAACAAAAAAAAACAAAACACGAAAACGAGAGAGAGGUUAUAUAGUUUUUGCUAACUUUUACAUUACCGAACAUUUUACUAUGUACACAGCUUAGGGACAAUAAUUUCCUUCCUUUUGUUAUAUAUAUAUAUGGCUAUUGCUAUUUCAUGUUAAUUGUUUGUGCACGAACCGGUGGCGAUGGCAACGACAAAACAAAAUCAAAACGGCGGCGAUUUGUUUGCUGCUUUAGGCUGACGAAGAA